UUUCCGUUCCUCUCCUCAACCGUGGAGAAUGAGUAUGAGGGAGCAUGUUGGUUCAGUGAGUACAGUAUCGAGUAUCGACCUCAGUCCCUCUCAAAUUCUGCGAUCUCCGCCUCUCCCUGACAACUCGUAUCAUCUGUCCGAUCUCCCUGCCUCUCUCUCUCUCUCUCUCUCUCUCUCUCUCUCUCUCUUCAUGUUUUAUGUUUCUGUCCAGAGACAAAAGUAGAGUGUAGAGAGAUAAAGAGCAUGGUCUUCGUAGAACAUGUCCUUGAGUCCUCUGCAACAACUAUGGCUUCCAGGGUCGUCGUUCUCAUCAUCUUCUUUCUCUGCACUGCAAGUUUCUCUUUGUCUUAUGAGCCUCGAAACCACGAAGUGGAAGCUCUGAUCAGUAUCAGAAGGGCUCUGAACGAUCCCCAUGGUGUUCUGAACAACUGGGAUGAGGACUCCGUUGAUCCUUGUAGUUGGGCUAUGAUUACUUGUUCCCCAGAAAAUCUCGUUGUUGGCCUGGGAGCUCCGAGCCAAAAUUUGUCAGGAACUCUGUCCGGAAGAAUUGGGAAUCUAACAAAUCUUCGACAAGUGUUAUUACAGAACAACAACAUCUCUGGGGAAAUUCCGGCGGAGCUCGGAAGUCUUGCCAAGCUUCAGACAUUGGAUCUUUCUAAUAAUCGGUUCUCCGGCAACGUUCCCGAGUCUCUGGGCCAACUCAACGGUCUUCAAUACAUGAGGCUGAAUAAUAACAGCUUAUCUGGAGCUUUCCCGGUGUCUUUAGCGAAAAUCCCUCAGCUUGCUUUCAUAGACCUGUCUUUCAACAAUCUCAGUGGUCCAGUCCCCAAGUUUCCCGCCAGAACAUUCAAUGUUGUGGGAAACCCGCUCAUUUGUGGAAGCCCGACCACCGAGGGUUGCUCUGGAAAACCCACUCCUAUUCCACUCUCCUCCAUAGAUUCAGCAAACGGGAAAAGCAAGGCCCAGAAACUAGCCGUUGCAAUUGGGGUUGGCCUCGGUUCCUCCUUUCUCGUUCUAGCGGUCGCCCUCUUCAUCUGGUGGCGGAAGAACCAGAAGACCCAAACAGUAUUGAACAUAAACGACAAACAAGAAGCCGGUUUGAUAAGCCUCGGCAAUCUGAGACAGUUCACGCUGAGGGAGCUCCAAGCAGCUACGGACAACUUCAGCCCGAAGAACAUUCUGGGCAAAGGAGGGUUCGGGAACGUCUACAAAGGAAAGCUAUCAGACGGUACUAUGGUUGCCGUGAAAAGGCUCAAGGACGUCAGCGGCACCUCCGGAGAGUUGCAGUUCAAGACGGAGGUGGAGAUGAUAAGCCUCGCCGUGCACCGCAACCUGCUGAGGUUGCUUGGUUACUGCGCCACCUCCAACGAGAGACUCCUUGUCUACCCUUACAUGUCAAACGGCAGCGUCGCUGCUCGUCUCAGAGCUAAACCUGCACUGGACUGGAAUACCAGAAAGAGAAUAGCUCUGGGAGCCGCGAGGGGCCUUCUUUAUCUGCACGAGCAGUGCGACCCCAAGAUAAUUCACAGAGACGUGAAGGCCGCUAACGUGCUUCUGGACGACUACUGUGAAGCCAUUGUCGGUGACUUCGGCCUGGCUAAGCUUCUCGACCAUGCCGACUCUCACGUCACCACCGCCGUCCGUGGCACCGUCGGUCACAUUGCACCGGAGUACCUAUCGACGGGACAGUCGUCGGAGAAGACUGACGUGUUUGGAUUCGGUAUUCUACUGCUGGAGCUCAUUACCGGUAUGAGAGCACUUGAGUUCGGUAAAGCCGUUAAUCAGAAGGGCGCCAUGCUUGAAUGGGUGAAGAAAAUACAGCAGGAGAAGAGGGUGGAGAUGCUGGUGGACAAGGAUUUGAGGAGCAACUACGACAGAAUAGAGGUAGGGGAGAUGGUUCAAGUGGCGCUUCUCUGCACUCAAUACCUUCCGGCCCACCGACCCAAGAUGUCUGAGGUGGUCCGAAUGCUGGAAGGCGAUGGGCUGGCCGAGAAAUGGGAGGCCUCACAGGCCCAUCAUCAUGACUCUAAUAAUAAUCAACAAAUCAAGGGUUGCUCUCUAUCCAACGAUAACAACGGAAUGGCUUGUAUUGAAGCUGCAGCACACUCUAUUAUCUCAAGACAUGAUGAUGCAAGCAUGUUAACGGCCAUGAUGGACGAUGAUGAUGAGCAUUCCUUGGACGUCCAUGCCAUGGAGCUCUCUGGUCCAAGAUGAUUAAGGGCUUAAGCGUAGAUUAAUAGUUACUAUUAAUUCUUUUCUUUUUCUUUUUCGGGGUUUUCUUUAAUUUUUUGAGAGAAACAAAAAUUAGAAGGUUAUUUUUUUUGGGUUUUUUUUGUGUAAAUAGAUAGAAUUUUAAGUUGCGGUGGGUGGGGUGCGUAUUGCGCACUGCGGCAUUGUAUAGGGGCAUGCAUAGUGAGUGGAGAAUGAGAUCAGGUGUGUUUUGCCCCACCCAAGUACAGAGUGUACGAGGGUUGAAGCUCUCAGAUCAAGGUUGUAUUUUGUACGCGAGACAGAGGAGUUGUUGAAAGCAAAACAAGGAAGUGCAAAGGAUGAUAGGUCUUGUUUUUCA